GCAGUUCCUAAGGAGAAGGAGUCAGAGUCAGAAGCAAAGGUAGAUGGAGAGACUGCAUCGGACAGUGAAAGCCGGGCAGAAUCUGCACCCCUGCCAGUCUCUGCAGAUGAUACCCCAGAGGUCCUCAAUAGGGCGCUUUCCAACUUGUCUUCAAGAUGGAAGAACUGGUGGGUGAGAGGCAUCCUGACUUUGGCCAUGAUUGCAUUUUUCUUCAUCAUCAUUUACCUGGGACCAAUGGUUUUAAUGAUAAUCGUGAUGUGUGUUCAGAUUAAGUGUUUCCACGAGAUAAUCACUAUUGGCUACAACGUCUACCACUCCUAUGAUCUGCCCUGGUUCAGGACCCUCAGCUGGUACUUUCUCCUGUGUGUAAACUAUUUCUUCUAUGGUGAGACAGUGACGGAUUACUUCUUCACCCUGGUCCAGAGAGAAGAGCCUUUGCGGAUUCUCAGUAAAUACCACCGGUUCAUUUCCUUUACUCUCUAUCUAAUAGGAUUCUGCAUGUUUGUACUGAGUCUGGUCAAGAAGCAUUAUCGACUGCAGUUCUACAUGUUUGGCUGGACCCAUGUGACGCUGCUGAUUGUUGUAACACAGUCACAUCUUGUUAUCCACAAUUUAUUUGAAGGAAUGAUCUGGUUCAUUGUCCCCAUAUCUUGUGUGAUCUGUAAUGACAUCAUGGCCUAUAUGUUUGGCUUUUUCUUUGGUCGGACCCCACUUAUCAAGCUGUCCCCGAAGAAGACCUGGGAAGGCUUCAUUGGGGGCUUCUUUGCUACUGUGGUGUUUGGCCUUCUGCUGUCCUAUGUGAUGUCCGGGUACAGAUGCUUCGUCUGCCCUGUGGAGUACAACAACGACACCAACAGCUUCACUGUGGACUGUGAGCCCUCGGACCUGUUUCGCCUGCAGGAGUACAACAUUCCUGGGGUGAUCCAGUCAGUCAUUGGCUGGAAAACGGUCCGGAUGUACCCCUUCCAGAUUCACAGCAUCGCCCUCUCCACCUUUGCCUCGCUCAUUGGCCCCUUUGGAGGAUUCUUCGCAAGUGGAUUCAAACGAGCCUUUAAAAUCAAAGACUUUGCCAAUACCAUUCCUGGCCAUGGAGGUAUCAUGGAUCGCUUUGACUGCCAGUAUCUGAUGGCCACCUUUGUCAAUGUAUACAUCGCCAGUUUUAUCAGAGGCCCUAACCCAAGCAAACUGAUUCAGCAGUUCCUGACCUUACGGCCAGAUCAGCAGCUCCAUAUCUUCAACACACUGCGGUCUCAUCUGAUCGACAAGGGGAUGCUGACAUCCGCCACAGAGGACGAGUAGGGGCCACCCAGGGCCAAAAGAACAGGAGCGGAACUGAGCAGGGGCAGGUCUCCAAGGCAAGCCCAGCUGGUGUGACUUAGACAAUGAUGAGGCUUCAACUCACUGUCUUUUUUUUUUUUUGUAGGAUAUUUUUUAUUUGUGGGUUCAACAAAUCUGUACAUACAGCAGUCUAUGUGUUUAGAAUUUGCAUUGUGAGUAAACUACAGCUUUGAGUUGGAAAGAAGUCAUGGGUUGUAAAACCAUUUGAAUUUUUUUAAAACAAAAGUAUUUAUCUGGAAGACAGUGUUGCCCAGGUCAGGAGUGUUUUCUUAGUGGUUCCAGCUCCUAUCAAUUGAACUGUUUCUGGGCUCAGUCAAACACAGACAUUCAUCUGUGUCCAACCAAAUCAGGGGACUUCCCCACCUGUGGGGGGAGGCACAGCUUGGAUGUUUUGUACACCUAGUCUUUUCUAGAAAUCCCUGCUUGGAGCUGCAGGAGAGUUGCCUUCUGUAGGUUGGAGGAAUGGAGGCUUACUAACCAGAUAAGCCUUCUGUCCAUCCACACCAAAAUCCUGCAGAAUGUAAAUAAGCUCUGCUUUAUAAGAUGGGUUCACCUUCAUCACAGACUGAAAUAAAAUUUCAGUUUUUAUUUUUUUCAGAAAGCACGAAAAAUUAUUUAUAGUAGUCUGGAGAAAAAACACACUGUAAUAUUUCAAGUGUAUGCAGUAGAAUGUACUGUAACUGAGCCCUUUCCCACAUGUCUAAGCUCCAGUGUCUCCUGUAGGUCAGUCCACCUAACUGUGUGUUUUCAGGGACGAUGCCAUCCACGUAUGUGCUGUAGACUUUCUGCUGCUGAAUCCUUUCUGGGGACUUUCUCAUCAGGCAGGGAGCAGAGGGCUUGUCGUUCAUGCACCCUUUGCCCGAACACCCAUGUAGCUGCUGUGUUGUGUAUAUAUUACUCUUAAGAGGAGUGUGCGUGUCUGUGUUUGUUUUAAAAGUUACUUAUUUCUUACAGUGAUUUCAAUUGUACCAUGACUUCUUCACUAAAACCACAAAAUCCUGCUUAAAACUAUGGAAAACCUAACCUGAUUAGAGGCUUGACUAUUUUGAAGAUUAAAUGCACACUUUUUAUAUAAUGUGA